CCCACCCCCCGUCCCUGCGCCGCCCGCGAUGGCUCAGGCGCCGCCGAUGAACCACGACCUCCCGGAGGGCGGGGCGACCCUUCCCACCAACGAGAACGAGGAGGAGGAGGCGGAGGAGCAGAGCGGCGGUUACUUCGUGGAGACCCCCUACGGGUUCCAGCUGGACCUCGACUUCCUCAAGUACGUCGACGACAUCGAGAAGGGCAACACCAUCAGGAAGAUCUCCAUCCAGAAAAAGGGCGCCAAGGUGCUGAGGAACGCCAGCAGCGCGUCGCUCCGGAGCUGGGGCACGCCGGGCGAGGCGUGGACCUCCUCCGAGUCUCUCUCCUCGUCGACGAGCGAGGAGAGCCGCCUGUCGCUGCGAGCGGGGAGCUUGCCCAAACGGGGCACCGCGGACGCCGAGGUGGGCGACUGCGCUCCCGAGAGCUCCCCGGGAUGCCCGCGGCUCGCCUCUCCCGUUCCGGCUCGGGCCGCCGAGACGAUGGUGACGACGAUGGCGACGACAAUGGCGACGACGAUGGCGACGACGAUGGUGACGACGAUGACGACGACGAUGGCGACGACCGGGCUGCCGGACCCACCCGCGCUGUCCCCGCGGUCGCUGUCCGGGCGGGACCUGCGCGUGGAGAAGACGCUCAUAGAGACGAAGCUGAGGCUGGAGCGCGAACAGAGGAUCAUUCGCAGCCAGGAGGAGCAGACGGUCACGUUUUGCAGCCACAUGAUGACGACCGUUGCUCCGCCUGCUCAGCAGCGGCAGGAUGAGGACCAUCGACAAGCCUCGAAGGUUUCGGGAGAAUCGGACUCUCGGCCUGAGCCCUCUGACUUCACCAAACACGAGCAGGAGGAGCCUCAGCCGGAGCAGCUGUACAUGGACCGCUCCACGGGCUCGGUGAGCUCCGAGUCGUCGGCGACCGAGGUGAGGUCGCGGAGCCAGGCGUCCUCGCUGGCGAACGGCCUCUCGGCUCACGGCGACGGCAGCGCGUCGCUCAGCCCCUCUGGCACGUCCACGCCAUCGCUGAGCGGCCUCAACCAGGCGCACCUGCAGACGAUCCGCGAGCAGAUGGUGCUGGCGCUGCGCAGGAUGCGGGUGCUCGAGGACCAGGUGAAGGUCAUCCCGAGCCUGCGCGACGAGAUCGAGCGGCUCCGCGCGGAGAGGGGGCUGCUGAUCCGCGGAGCCGGCGAGCGGGCGGGCGACCGCGGGGAGCCCGGCGGGGCGUCGCGCGGCCGCUACGAGACGCUCGAGAAUCUGGCGGAGAGGAGACAAGAUUGCACCGUGAACUUCGUGACCUCGACGCAGUACGACGCGACGCAGUUCGCCGCGGACGCUCAGGGAGUGGCGGAGCCGACGCGGGAACUGCAGGCGGAUUUUCCGAGCGAGGGCGAAUUCCCCGAUCCUCGCUGCGACGGCGGCGAGGUGUGCGGCGAGGCGUCCGCCAGGUCGUCGCGAGUCAACGGGAGUCCGCAGCUGACGUCGCCGCAUUCUCCGUGGAGCGCUCGCUCGAAGGUCUUGGUGCGAAGCGUAGGGGUCGGGGUCACCGAGGGGCAGCUGCCCGGAGGGGCCUCCCCGUCCGCUUGGGAGCUCGAGUCCCAACAGGAGGCGGUCCGCGGGCUUCGGGAGAAGGUCCUCGUUCUGGAGAAGCAGCUGCGGGAGACGACGCACGAGCUGGACAUGACGCGCAUCAAGCUCGAGCUGUCGGGCGGUCCCGGGAAGAGCGCGGCUGAGCGAAACGUCCGAGUCCUCGCGGCCCAGACCGCGGGCACGGCCGCCGGACCGCGGACAGAGCCGGUGAGGGCGGAGGCUGCUGCGUCGCGCCAAUCUGUGUCGUGCCAAACGGAAGACAUUGAAGGUGGCGGCGAUGGAGCCGAGUCCAGCGCGGCAGCAGCAGCGGCUGCAGCGGCGGCUGCAGCGGCGGCGGCAGAGGCCGCGGCGGAGAGCGAGCGAGCGUUGAGGGUGGAGCUGAGGAGCGUUGCCUGCGGGGAGUGCUCAGUGGACGUGCUUGUUGUGCCGCUGGGGGAGCACGCGUCGCGCGGGACGAUGACGGACGCCGUCGGCAAGACGGACGCCGUGACGAUGGCCUCCCCGAGCACGGAGAGCCGGGGAGCGGGCAACGAGCACCCGGAGAGGAGCGACCGAUGCGUGGGCACCACCGCGCCGUGCCUGGCGGAGGCGUCCACCUCCACCGCCGUCUCCUGCCGCGAUGCCCAGAGUGGCACGGUGGCCGUGGAGGUCAGGACGGUGUCUGUGGGGAAUUGCGAGCGCUACGAGGACACCCGCCGCUCGGUGGGCGUGAACACGACCGGCGUCGGUGCCGCGAUCCGGCUGAGCCGCAGGGAGGCCGCCGUCGGCUCCGUCGAUUUCUCCGAGAACUUUUUGGUCGGCGCGGAGGUGAGGAGCGUUUCCUGCGACACGGAGGAGCUGGAGAACGAGGCGGAGGGAAACGAAGGGUCGGAGGUCGCGAGGGGCGCGGAGCUAUCGCGCUACAUCGAGCGCGUGCAGCGUCUCCUGCACGAGCAGCAGGCGCUGCUCACCGACAACUACGCCGAGCUGGCGGACGCCUUCGCCGAGCCGGCCACGGAGCUGGGCUCGCUGAGCUCGCGCCUGCUCACGACCGUCACCGCACUCUCCUCGCUGCAGCGGCCCGCCCCGACGCCGCCCGCAACGCAGGCCGCAACGCAGGCCGCAACACCGUCCGCAAUGCAGGCCGCAACGCAGGCCGCAAUGCGGCCCGUCGCCCCGGACGCAGCUGAGGGUGAGAUAGCGGACCCCACCGACACGAUCCGCCGGGGGCCCUCCGAGUCGGCCAGCGAUGACGUGUUCGAGACGGAAGGGCAGGCGGCCCCACCGGUAGCGGAGGCGGAAGCGGAGCAGCGGGGCACGGGUCACGUCAACGCACACUUUCUGUCGCCGGUGCAGGUUGCUUCCGUGUCGGACGCGGGAUCUUCGUCCGUGUCACCCACGCUCAAGUCCAUCAUGAAGAAGAAGGACGGCGCCGGCUCCGCUGGCGGCGAUCCCAGCAGUGGCACCAAGAAGAGCCUCCAGUUCGUGGGUGUCAACGGCGGGUACGAGACGACGUCGAGCGAAGAGUCGAGCUCCGAGAGCUCAUCCUCUGGAUCGGAGGACGAGGACGAUGACGAUGACGAGGAGGAGGAAGAAGAGGAGGAGGACGACGAGGGGCUCGGGGAAGUCAUCCACAUGCAGCCCAAUGGCGGAGCGGCGGGGAGGAGCGAGGCGGAGCGGCAAGACGGAGACGCGCAGGAGGUCGGAAGGGAAGAGCCGGUGGCUGAAGCCAAGCAGGAGGAGCAAGAGGCUCCGACGGAGAGGUACGAGAUGAGCGAGAGCAUGCACACGGCCUGCUCCACGCUCAAGGCUCACCUGGAGGAUCACAAGUCCCUCAACACCAAGGAAGUGCGCGCCAGCAUGUCGGAGCUGCAGCACGAGUGGUUCCGCGUGUCGAGCCAGAAGGUGAGCGCGGCGACGCUCGUCGGCGGCCUCCUCGCCGAGCUGCGCCGCCUCUCCCCGCCCGUGCUGCGCCUCGUCGCCAACAUGGCCGACGGCAACGGCAACACGGCGCUGCACUACAGCGUGUCGCACUCCAACUUCGCCAUCGUGCAGAUGCUGCUAGACACAGGCGAGUGCAACGUGGACGCGCAGAACAAGGCCGGCUACACGGCCAUCAUGCUGGCGUCGCUCGCCGCCAUCAACUCGGAGCGCGACAUGGCCGUCGUGCAGAAGCUGCUGAGCCUGGGCGAUGUCAAUGCUCGCGCCAGCCAGGCGGGCCAGACGGCGCUGAUGCUGGCCGUGAGUCAUGGCCGCAAGGACAUGGUGCGCGCUCUGCUCGCGUGCGGUGCCGACGUCAACGUCCAGGACGACGACGGCUCGACGGCGCUCAUGUGCGCCAGCGAGCACGGCCAUGUGGACAUCGUCCGCCUGCUGCUCGGCCAGGCGGGCUGCAACGCGGCCAUCGCCGACAAUGAUGGAAGCACAGCGCUGUCGAUAGCGCUCGAGGCUGGACACAACGACAUAGCCGUGCUGCUCUACGCACAUGUGAACUACGCGAAGCCACCCUCGCCCGGAACUCCUGUGCUGGGUCGUAAGAUGCCCCAAAGCCCGACUCACAGGAUAAAAGCGGAGUAGGCCUCUCCCGAGACGUGCCCUUAAGUUUCCUCCAUAACAAUAGGCAGGGAGGCGUCGAGACCAAGAUUACGCAAGUCCGCCUUCUCACGCGUCCACUCGUUCAGCAGUGUCCUCACGGCGACAAAACUUUUUGUAAAAGCUUCACGUGCCGGGAAAAUCAAGAGGUGUCUCAAAUGUGUAUUUGAGGGAAGAGUGCCGAUGUCUUUAAGCUAUUACCCACCUUUUGCCGAGUAACAGGGCAACUAAAUCAACAAUCAGGUAGUGUUCACAUGGAUUUCAAGCGAAAUGUUUUAAAAGUGCCUCUUCCCAAUUUACUUUUCUUUUUAUAGCCUCACUUGGCGAAUAAUUGAACGACACUGCAGUGCCUUACUCGGCUGCAAUGUAAGUAGGUAUGAACUUCUUUCGCACCGUACGUAGCCAACCGUGCGAAUCAGAGGUGUGGGGCAUAGUAUUCCAUAAAGGAUUCAAGUUUCCAAGUACGAAUUGAAUUCCUCUUGAUUAGUUUUAAAAAAAUCAAUCACCGUAGGUUGGUCAAGGUAUGGCCGAAAACAGAUAAGUUAUAUAUUUUUGCAAAUCUUAGCAGGGCUCGGUGUCUUACAUUAAAUGAGGCAUUCUUCCUGACUCAAUGCAUUAGCAUCACGCAAAGCCACACUGUACAAAUGAAUGAGCUGUGAUUCUUUUUUGGGCUCAGGGAUUCACGAUUAACGUUUAGGAAAACUGCCAGUCGGGCACUGUACACUUACUAACAUUCUAUACGCUUUUAUUCACAACACUAAAAGUAUAAGACAUUUUGAAGGCUGGGUAAAUAAACGGAGUCUGUCCAAUGCCUCUAAAUCCCUUAGUUGUCAUUUGUUGUUUUGGUAAAUGUUCAGGCUUGAAAUUGGUAACUGCUAAAGCUGGAUAUUUCAUGCACAUCUGGUACUCAACGCAUAUGUCAAACACGCAAGCAACGCUUCUCCACAAAUUACAUUUCCAUUACGUUAUUGAACCAAAAUGUAAUUUUUUAUUUUAGUGUAUAUUCACGGUAACGGUUAUAAAUCUUUGUUGUACAGUUAAAAGUGUGGAAGGUCGGCGCAUAAAAGCAAUGUUGGUACCGUCUUUGAAAAUGUAUUUCAAGCAUUUGAACAUGUACAGAAACUUACCCAAGCAUGUUUUUUUCAAUGUUAAUGGGUUAUUUUUACUGGCCCUUGACCAUGGUUACUUGUAUUUUAAACCUUGAAGCAACCUUCUAUAUAUGGUAUGUAAUCAUUUAUUUACGAGCAUGCGAUUGUACUGUCCUGCCAGCUUUUAGUGACCUAAUAUUUAACAAACCUUCAGCAACAUUUCCACAUUCGAGAUGGUAAUUACUAGGUAUGAUCAUUAAACUACGGCUAACGGCCUUGUCUUGAAGUUGUAGAUAUGCCACUGUGAGGUGUUGCCAUGUUAAUAACUAAAGUGCCUUAGGCUACCAAUUAAUCCCGUAGCCAUUCCUGUACAUAAACGUUAUUGCCAUGGAUAGUGGCGACUGUUUUCUGGAAGUGGCCCUCUGUGUAAUUGUUCCCUUUUGAGAAGUAUUUUAUAUACAAGUGUUUAAAAUGUGUAUGCAGAUUAGGUGUUUAAAUGCUACACUUGGCCAUUAUUGCCACCAUACGAAAAAACCCCACUGUUGAUGUGAAACCCAGCGUCAGUUGAAAACCUCAUUCUUGCCAGUUGUAUUCAAAUAAAGAAAUUUUAACUUGUAUAUUGCCAGUUUUAGUAAUGACUGUUACGAGUGAAAUAUCUAAUCCAUUGUUUUUCAUGUACAUUUAACUCUCGAUUAUCCGUGGGUGGAUUAUCCGGGUCGUGGAUUAACCGGGUCGAGGAUUAACCGUGCUUUCAGACAAAAUAUAUAUUUUUACGUGCGCGCUGAUUAUCUACUCCUCACACGUGACUCUGUGCUCAAGUGACUGCAAACAGAUUACUUUAACAAACAAUAAAAACAUAUGACAAAUUCUAUGUCUUCACACCCCCCCCCCCCCUAUUCUGUGGGUAAGUAAACAAAAAAUGCAAUUAUCCUAACUUAUGUGUUUUAUAUUAUCUGUGUGAAAGUUGACGAUUAGUUUCAGAAAAACAUGUUUGACUGUUUGAAAUAUCUUGCCAUCCGAGGAUAUUGCAAAUUGGUAAACAGCAACUUUAAGUGUGCCGGAGAAUUUAUUAUUAUGAAAAAAAAUGAAAUUGUUCACACCCACACAAUGAAGCCUACAAAUAACUAUAAAUGUAUUACAAAGACGAAUAUGUUCAGGAUAGAUUUAUUACAUGUGCAUGUUAUACAGCAAGCACGUUUUAUAACACAUUGUCCAAUGUAGGCACCAGAAACUUUUACUGCAUUCUAGUACGAUACUUGGACACUUUUUAAAACGAAAACAUUGAAACGAAUGAUUCUGGGUGGCAUUGUACGUCACGUGCAUUGUCUACAAGUAUGGCUGGUCAGUUGAUAUUUUCCACACCGGUAGCUCUCCAGGUCUCACGGGUUUCUUCUCGACUUUUUCCACUGCCGACUCACCGCUGUAAACAGAGGACAACUCUGAUAUAUAACACGUAUGCAAGAGUUAGACUUCCGUGCACAAAUGAAGAGCAGCAGGUGGGUAUGGACACACUGCACAUUUGAGUGCCUCAUUAACAGAAUAACACAGUCCAAAUCAGCAGUGGUUUUCUACUCAAUUGACUAAGGGGAUAUGCUCACCUCGUUUUCACAGCUCUGAGAGUGGUGGUGGAACUUCAACACUUCUAUUUUCCAUAAGACAGCAAAUGUCGACUUCCUAAUGUUUUCAUGGCUGCACAUAAUAGCACGUUGAGCACUGACGGUACCUUUUAAUAAUCUGCCCUAUUUAGGUAUUCUGCAAAUCUGAAUUUGAAGCCGAAUAAUAAUGUUUAUAUGUAUCUUUUAAUAAACUAGCAAAUAUGUC